AGUGGACGAGUCAGCAGCUGGCCUUAAAUUUGCGCAGGGAGCAGUGGUGGCGGGAGUUCCUAAAGUGGCAGCUGGUGGUGCGGAGGAACUGAAGAAGAGUUCUUGCCCCCUCUCCUCUUCAUCUCUUCAUCCCCCCCCCUGCUCCCCCUGCCCCUGUCUCCCCCUUAAUGCCCAAACCAGAGUGGACGAGUCAACAGCUGGCCCUAAAUUCGCGCAGGGAGCAGCGGUGGCGGGAGUUCCUAAAGUGGCAGCUGGUGGUGCGAGAGGAGCUCAAGAAGAGCGUGCGGCUGCAGUUCCAGCUGCAGGCAGAACAGCGACGCAUGCGCUCCUCCUCAGGCGGACUUGCAGGGGGGUCCCGCAUGGACGGUUUGGGCGGAGAUGGUACCGGUAA